AUGACUAUUCGACACGAUUCAAAUGCUGUCGAGCCAUCGAAGCCUGCUUUUCAGCAGCCUUCGCAGGCGAAAAUGUUCACUCUUGAUGAGAUGAUCAGAAGACGUGCUGCAGAGCUGGGAGAUACUAUCUUGAUGGGGGCGCCGGAAACAGGUGUUGAUGAUUUCAAGGAGCAUAGUGCUAUCGAUUUGGAUAGAUAUGCCGAUGCGGCUGUUGCGAAGUUCCAGAGUAUGGGUCUCAAGCCUGUGGAUCCAACUCUUGAGAAAGCACCCGUUGUCGGAAUGCUAGGUCAAUCAGGUAUCCACGUCGUUGUUCAGAUCAUCGCAUUGAACCGUCUAGGAUACUCAGCGUUUCUCAUCUCAACACGUCUCGCUUGUCCUGCCAUCACCCAGCUUCUCGACCUGGCAAGCUGCAAUGUCAUUCUAACAACUCCAAACUUUCACUCCGUUCUGGAACAAGUUCAACAAAAUCGUCAACUAGAAAUAUUGCCCAUGUUACAAAGUGCAGACGUGUACAAGCAUGAUGCACCACGCUUUAUACGAGAUUACAACCCUGAAGCCGAGUCACGAAAAGUUGCAGUUAUCAUCCACUCUUCCGGAUCAACAGGUCUUCCCAAGCCGAUCUACCUUACCAACGCAAGCUGCAUUGGUGCUUUUGCAGUACACAUGAAUAUGCGCGGUUUCCUCACAUCGCCUUUCUUCCACAGCCACGGUUUCUACGAGAUAUUCAGGUCCAUUUACUCGGGCAAACAGAUCUACCUCACAAACUAUGGCCUUCCAAUCACAAGGGAGUCUGUUAUUGCGCAACUCAAAGCUACCAAGCCUGAGAUCUUCCAUUGCGUGCCUUAUGUUAUCAAGCUGCUUGCUGAGAGCGAAGAGGGCAUCAGGAUAUUGGCGAGUAUGAAGGUUGUUCUCUAUGCGGGAAGUGGAUGUCCGGAUGAUCUUGGUGACCGUCUCGUCGAAGCAGGUGUCAACCUUUGUGGUAACUACGGAGCGACUGAGACAGGUAGACUUGCCACUUCUCAACGCCCAGAAGGUGACAAGGCGUGGAACUACAUCCGCAUUCUACCCCCAGCUGAACCCUACACCAUCUUCGACGAAGUCGCCCCCGGUCUCUUCGAGUGUGUAGCUCUAGAUGGCCUUCCAUCCAAGAGCACGACCAACUCAGACAACCCACCCGGAUCGUUCCGCACUCGCGAUCUCUUUACACAACAUCCCACAAGACCAACACUAUGGAAAUUCGCCUGUCGACUAGACGAUCGCUUCACUCUCAUCAACGGCGAAAAGGUCCUCCCAAUCCCCAUCGAAGGUCGUAUCCGCCAAGAAGAAAUCGUCAAGGAAGCUAUUGUCUUCGGAGAUGGAAGAACGUAUCCUGGAAUCUUGAUCGUCAAGGCUGAUCGUGUUGCUGAUAUGCCCGAUGAUGAGUUCCUCAACGCUAUCUGGCCUUCAGUUGAAGACGCGAACUCACGCGCAGAAUCUUUCUCGAGAAUUCCCAAGGAGUUGGUCGUCAUUAUACCCGCCGACGUAUCAUACCCUCGAACCGAUAAGGGUACUUUCAUCCGAGUUCCGACAUACCGACAAUUCGAAAAGGAAAUCGAGGCUGCUUAUAGUCGAUACGAAGGUCAAGACGAUUCAGCUGGUUCAUUGACUCUCAAGGGCAAAGAACUCGAAGAGUACCUCCUUGAACAGAUCAAGGUCAAAUGCGGAGUAGAGCUUGAAUCGUCAGAAGCAGAUUUCUUUGCUUCUGGUGUUGAUAGUCUGCAGUGCAUCCAGAUGUGGAGUCUCAUCAAGCGCGAGAUCGACCUCGGUGGCAACCAAUCCGAACUCGGACAGAAUGUCCUCUAUGAAACGGGUAACGUCAAACUACUCGCUCGUCAACUUGAGAGACUCAGGAGUGGUGCCGGUGAUGAGACGGAAGACCAGUUGAAGAUUAUGGAGAACUUGGUUGCGAAGUACUCUACAUUCAGACCCCAUGUCGCUGGAUCUGCGCCUCAGCCUGAGAAGGAGCUUGUGUUACUCACUGGUGUCACUGGUGCAUUGGGUGCUCAUGCUCUUGCCCAGCUAACAGCUCAGCCUCAUGUUGGAGCUGUGUGGGCUUUGAUCAGGGCGUCGAGUGACCACAUGGCUACUGAGAGAAUGCACAAAUCUCUCGAAACUCGCGGGUUAUCACUAGAUGAUGAGCAGCGCGGCAAGAUCCUCGCUCUGCCUUGUGAUCUUAGUCGUCCCGAUCUUGGCCUGAGCGAAUCCAACCUGGCCGAACUGCAGAACAAGCUCACGACAAUCAUCCACAGCGCAUGGGCUGUAAACUUCAACAUCUCGGUACAGAGCUUUGAAGACCAACACAUCAAGGCCGUUCAUAACCUUAUUCAACUAAGUCUGGGUGUCCAGACACCUCGACCUGCUCGGUUCUUCUUCUGCUCUUCUGUUUCGUCAGCUGGAGGUACACCACGACCGGGCCAAGUUCUCGAAUCACUGGUUCCAUCGCCGGCACAUGCGCAACACACUGGUUACGCGAGAUCGAAGUAUGUUGCUGAGCAUAUUACGGGUAACGCGUGCAAGGCAGGAGCUGUGGCAAGAGUCUUGAGAUUGGGACAGCUGGUGGGUGACACCAAAGUUGGGGAAUGGAAUACCACCGAGGGCAUUCCUUUGAUGAUUCAGACUGCUGUUACACUUGGUGCACUGCCAGCGCUAAACGAGGAAAUGACUUGGUUACCAGUCGACCUCGCAGCAUCGGCAAUCCUCGACUUGUCUAACUUAACCACUACCACAACCGCAAACCGGUCGUCAAACCCAGAUCUAGUCUACCACAUCCUUAACCCAAUUCGCUUCCACUGGACGAACCAAAUGUUACCGUCCAUGAGGGCAGCAGGCUUCAAGUUUGAGACGCUUCCUACCAGUGGAUGGAUGCAACGUCUACAGGACUCAGAUCGAGAUCCAUCAAAGAACCCUCCUAUCAAGCUCCUGGACUGGUUCGAGAGUAAAUAUGGACACAAGGCGUCUACAAAGGCAGAGACUGGAGCUUUGGACUAUCUCACAGAUCUCUCAAGGGAGGACAGUGUCACGUUGAGAAACGUGCCGGAUGUAACAGACGUGGGGUAUGUGAAGAUGGUGCUUGGUCGGUUACAAAAGCGUUGGGAACAGGCCUCCGCGUAG